AUGGCUUCAACUUCUUCCUCUCUCAUCUCCCUUGCAACUUGUUUAGUAAUUCUGGGGAACUUAUUAGCACACAGUACUGAGGCAGCUCGAGCAUUCUUUGUCUUUGGAGAUUCGCUCGUCGAUAAUGGCAAUAACAACUAUCUUGCGACGACAGCUCGAGCAGACUCUCCUCCUUAUGGCAUCGACUACCCAACUCAUCAACCCACAGGGAGGUUCUCUAAUGGCCUCAACAUUCCUGACAUUAUCAGUGAGCACCUUGGUGCUGAGUCCACCUUGCCAUACUUGAGCCCUGCGCUGAGAGGACAAAAGCUUCUCGUAGGCUCCAAUUUUGCAUCAGCUGGCAUUGGAAUUCUCAAUGACACUGGAGUUCAGUUUGCCAAUAUAAUCAGGAUUUCACAGCAACUGGAGUACUUUCAGCAGUAUCAGCAGAGGCUGAGCGCAUUAGUUGGCGCAGCAGAGGCUAAGAGAGUGGUGAAUCAAGCACUUGUUCUGAUAACUCUCGGUGGCAAUGACUUCGUCAACAACUAUUACUUGGUUCCUUUCUCUUUCAGAUCUCGUCAAUUUUCUCUGCCGGAUUAUGUCCGUUACCUGAUAUCUGAGUACAAGAAGAUUCUUAUGAGGAUUUAUGAGCUGGGAGGGCGGCGCGUGCUGGUGACGGGGACGGGGCCGCUGGGAUGUGUUCCGGCGGAGCUGGCGCAGAGAAGCAGAGACGGCUCAUGCGACCCUGAGCUGCAGAGAGCCUCCGCACUGUUCAAUCCGCAGCUUGAAAAGGCAAUAAAUCAGCUCAAUUCCAAGUAUCGUUCCAACGUCUUCAUUGCCGCCAACACGGGCAAGACGCACGCCGACUUCAUUUCCAAUCCUCAGGCUUUUGGUUUUAUCACAUCCAAGAGAGCUUGCUGUGGGCAAGGGCCCUACAAUGGGCUGGGCUUGUGUACUGUGGCAUCUAAUCUGUGCCCAAAUAGAAAUUUAUAUGCAUUUUGGGAUCCAUUUCAUCCAUCAGAGAGAGCAAACCGGAUAAUUGUUAGCCAGUUCAUGACCGGUUCAACCGAGUACAUGAACCCAAUGAACCUGAGCACCAUACUAGCAAUGGAUGAAAGCACCUAG